UACAGCUGCACCAUACUGAACUGCUCCAACCCUGAUACACCGUCACUGCUGGAGGCUCUUUCGCCAGUCUUCAACCUGAACGCCAUUCGACCUGUGAUGAACAUAACAACAGUCACUAACGUUGGCCUUUUCUUAAUUGUGUUUGGCAUUAUGGGAGUGGAUGAAAAAGCCCAGCUCCUCACAACAUUACUAUGGUCAGAUAUUCAAAUAGGCAAACCCAUUAGUGACAUAAAAGUGUUAAGAUUAGGGAUGCACCGAUACCGCAUGGAUGAAAACACAGCUCCAAACGUCCCAUAUACCUACAUGCAUUCUGAUGGUACUGUGAGUGAUUCACAGCCUAUCAAAGCCGUCACCUCCUGCAGGCUUGACAUCUACUUGUUUCCAUUUGACAUUCAGAACUGCACUUUAACCUUCAACUCAUUCACACUCAAGAGUAAUGCUCUGCAGCUUUAUCUGGCAGGGACUCUAGAGAGGAUGUUUGAAUACUCUAAAUCUAUGACGGCAACGAUGGGUGAAUGGGAAUUAAUUGGAAUUACAGCAAAGAAAUACACACUACCAUCUACAGCAUCGGGCUUUUAUGAUGAAAUUCGCUUCCAUAUCUCAUUGCGGCGCCAGGCCAUGCUGUACGUAGUGAACCUCCUGCUCCCGAGCUGCUUCCUCAUCACUGUGGACCUCUUCAGCUUCAUCUUGCCUCCCAAAGAAGUCGACCGGUCUUUGUUCAAGAUGACACUGAUCCUGGGCUACACCGUCUUCCUGCUCAUAAUGAAUGACCUGCUGCCUGUUACUGGAAAUGACAUACCUCUCAUAAAUGUUUUCCUUUCUAUGUGCCUGACUAUGAUGGUGGGCAGUCUACUGGAAACUAUUGUCGUUACAAGCUUCCUGCACGGUUCCUCAAACUAUUCUCGAGCUCCUCGCUGGAUCAGAGUGCUUUUUCUUAAAAUCUUGGGUCGACUAGUAUGCCUUCCUCCAAAGCCCAGAGAUAGGAACGACACAGUGAUCCAAAAUCCAGUCACACAGGAAAUGCCAGUCUACUCUCCAGUGACAGAGGAAUACAAGACUCUGGAGCAGAAGGGGCCACUGGGUGAGGACAAAACCCUGCAAGAGCUGAGGAGCCUGGGCAGAGUCCUCCAGGCCAUCCGCCUUCAGGUGGAGCAGCAUCUGAGCAAAAGCCUGAGCACAGAGGAAUGGAUCCAGAUAGGUUUAAUCAUAGACCGCCUGCUGUUCAUCCUUUACAUCAUCUUCAUAACAGUCAGCUUCAUUACCAUCAUCAUUAUCUGGGUGGUUUCAUACAAUGCAGCCUAA